AUGGCUCAUCGAGGGGAGACUCUACACAACGAGGUGUCCUGCAUCGCAGACCUCAAAGCUCUAGGAAGCAGCAAGCUUCCGAAGAUGGUCAGAGGUGAAUUGCGUGAGAAUGAGGCCGCCUUCGACCGCUACAAGAUCCUUCCUCGCGUUCUGAGAAAUGUCGACAACGUCGAUACAACCACGGAGAUACUAGGAACCAAGGUUUCUCUUCCGUUUGGAUUCAGCCCUGCUGCAUCGCAAAAGCUAGCUCACCCAGAUGGAGAACUGGCGGCAUCGCGGGCUGCCGCAAAGUAUGGCAUCUGCAUGGGACUCUCGUCGUAUUCGAAUUACUCUCUGGAGGAUGUGGCGGCCCAGGGGACCGGCAACCCGUACGUGAUGCAGAUGUGUGUUUUGCGGGAUCGCUCAAUAACAAUACAGUUGCUGGAGCGGGCUCAAAAGGCGGGAUACAAGGCAUUGUUCCUCUCUGUCGAUGUCCCUGUGCUCGGAAAGAGACUCAACGAAUAUCGGAAUAGUUAUACGCUUCCCGAAGACAUGAACUGGCCAAAUAUCCUCAGUUGCGGCGCUGAUACCUCAAACCGUACGGACUAUGAUCCAAGUCUUGACUGGGAAACCACAAUCCCAUGGCUCCGAAAACACACCUCGUUGCAGAUAUGGCUUAAAGGGAUUUGCUCCCCUGCAGACGUCGAACUGGCAAUCCAUUACGGUGUCGACGGGAUCGUGAUCUCCAACCACGGCGGUCGCCAGCUGGACGGAAUUCCAGCUACGCUAGAUGCGCUGAGACUCUGCGCCCCUAUUGCACGGGGACGAAUCCCGCUUGCGAUCGACGGUGGCAUCCGGCGAGGAUCGGAUAUCUUUAAGGCUCUUGCACUUGGCGCCAGUUAUUGUUUCGUGGGGAGAAUUCCCAUUUGGGGCCUUGCGGUAAGCUUUGUUCUCUGGCAUGUUGCCAUGAUCGGCCUGGCUAAUUACAUUCAGUACAACGGCCAAGAGGGCGUUGAGUUGGCAAUCAGGAUUUUACAACAAGAAUUGAAGAUAACCAUGGCCCUCGCAGGUUGCACGUCUAUUAGCGACAUUAACGAGAGCUAUCUGUCCGUUCUGAAUGCGAAUGGGCAGCUGGCAAAACUGUAG